UCCACUUUUGAAAACGUGGAAAGGUGGUUGAGGGAGUUGAGAGACCACACUGAUCCCAACAUCGUGGUCAUGCUCGUCGGUAACAAAUCCGAUCUCCGUCACCUCGUGGCAGUCUCCACUGAGGUUGGGAAAUCCUUCGCAGAGAAGGAAUCCCUCUACUUCAUGGAAACGUCUGCACUCGAAGCAACCAACGUGGAUAACGCAUUCGCCGAAGUUCUCACUCAGAUUUACCACAUUGUGAGCAAGAAGGCCAUGGAAACCAGCAACGAUGUAGCUUCCACCGUUCCUUCCAAAGGCGAGAAGAUCGACGUCACUAAAGAUGUCUCGGCUGUCAAGAAACCCGGGUGUUGUUCGAGCUAGGACUUCAAAACCUACACCUAGAUCAUGAUGUGGCCGGUUUAUGUUGCUGCAUCGAUUGAUUUCUCUGUACACCAUUAUCGAUGUGUUGAAAUUCUUUUUCAGAUCCCUUCAGUAAGGGAGUUAGGCGGGGCACUGAUUUUUAUUGUAUUUCCAUAUAUUUUUUUUUCUCAUUUGGAACCGGUAUUUCAAUCAACUGAUGACAGAGAGCUUGCUUAGGAACAAGAUUUACUAGAUCUGUUGCGACAUUAAUUUGCUCACAGAAUGUUAUUAUUAGCUCUUCGAAUUCGUAGGAGUUGUCUGUAUUUUGAAAUUGUUCGUUGGACCCCAUUAGUCGAAAUAUAAAAGUAGCCUGGCAGUUUUCAA